AUGAAGAAGACGACGAUUUCAACAGAUGCGGCGGUGAUAAUCAAGCCGCCGCGUCGCAUAAUUCUCGGCAAAAAGACACGUGGCCGCCUGACGGAUCUCGACAUUUUCGGCGAUUUUCUGGAGGCCUUUUGCCACGUGGCAAUCGAAAGAUGCUCGCCGCCGCCGCCGCCACCGAGCAGCUCGGACGCCGAUGAUGCCGCGUGGCAGACGGCGGGCAAAUUCGGCGCCGAUUACGAAUUCCGAAAAUGCGCGCGGCCGGAGACAAUCCGCCACGUGGCAGAGAGCUGCCAACUCGCGAAACAGUACCUGACGGCGCGGAGGUUGUACGCUUUCGAAGGUACGGUUGAACAACAAUUGCGGCGCGAAUUCAAAUUUCAACCCAAAUUGUCACAUGUUUUCCGCACAAAAUUACCCAAAUGCAGAACAAAAUCUGUGAAAUUGAAGAUUACGCACAUUUUGCGCCUCAAACGAGCAAAUUUCAUUCGGAAAUGAAAGAAUUGAAUGCAGGUGGAACGCUCUCUAAAUCUUGUAGUUUUGCAGUGAGCAUGAUCACUCCGUCCGAAACGCAACUGCUCGGCUUCCGAAUCACUGUCAGCCAGUUGGAGUACGCGCCCGAACGGUAAUUUCCAAUUGAAUUCGAAUUGUUUCAACAAGAAUUUUUGAAAAAGUUCACGUGUUCUUAAUUUCUCCGUUUCCACUUUUUCCGUUUAAAAAACGAAAAAAAAAUGACCGGACGAACGGAGAAAGAAAGAAACGGACAGACCCCGCUAGAAUUGUAUUUAACACGAAUAAUGAUGAUGAUGAUGAUAAUACACCUUUUUUGCAGAGAACGAGUCCGGAAAAUCUACGCGACACUUUCGGCGAUUCUGGAAAAUGUGCGAACGAUGGAACUGCCGGAGCUCACCGACGCGCAAAUGUUCUCGACCAGUUCGUUUCCGUUUUUUAAAGCUUGCCUCGACUUUUGGCCCACUCGCAAUUAUCCGAUCGGGCCUAAACUUUGCAAGUUUCUUGGAAUUGGAUUGAAGUUUUCAUAUCGGCCUCUGAUGCGAUCAAUCUGAAACUCGGACCCAGAAUACUUCAAUCCAAGACCAAGAAGCCUACAAAGUUUAAGCCCGAUCCGAGUUUAGCAAGUGGGUCAAAAGCGCGGCGGGCCGAAAUUUGCCUGAAAAUGUCUGAAAGCGUGUCCUCAUUCAGAAUACCGUCCACGCGUCCGUCUGCUGACUCGUCUCCGUCCUGAAUCGCUCCGAAAACCGGAUCCCUCAUCGGCCGCCUGCCACGUGUCCAUUCCGCUCGCAAAUUCCGUCUUUUUGGCGCCCAACUUUUUCAAUUUCUAUGCUCACAUGUAA